CGGUAACUUUCUCUCUAAACUCCCCUGUUUGGCAGUUUUAUCAUACCCUCAACAACCGACCUCUGUUUGUCUGUACUUCAUCUUCCCCACUUCAACUUGUAAAUUUCUAAUUCUACCUCAUUCAAUUCAACGGCUACCCAAAAAAAAAAAGCAAAAGAAAAUAGAUGGAAAAAGAAAAGGAAAUAAAAGAAGGGGCAUUGUUGAAAGAUAAAGAAGAAGAAGAAGAAGGGGUAAUAGUAAUUCAAUACUUAGAAGCUUCGAUGUCGAAUGAACUUCUUUGCAAAUACGCCGACAACUCGGCUUUUGAUUUCGACUACUCUCAAAGCUCUAUUUGGUCCCCUUUGGUCCCUCGUUUUCACUCCUGUUUGAACCCUAAGUCUCCUGAUUUCAAUAGGCCCAGGCGCCUUUCUUUUGAUAAAAUCUCCUUGUCUACUCGAAUUCAGAACAAGAUUUCCACUUUUGGCUGCAAUUUCAAUGCCAGAGUUCAAAACAAGAAGAUGAAGAUGUUGAAGUUUAACAACAAGAAUGAUUCUUCUGGUUUUCAGUCUCCUCCUUCCCAAAAAAAGGGGUGGAAGAAGGUGUUGAAGAUUACAUCCAAACAAUUCAAGAAAAAGAAGGAUGAUCAUCAUCGGCGUCAGCGUCAGCCCAUCUCUCGUGUCACCCUUUCUGAUUAUUUACAGUGUCAGGAUUUCUAGCAUUUAGGAAUGUUUAGUAAACUUGUAGGCUUGGGUGUUGUACUCUUGACUGAUUUUUCAACUCUCUUCAUUUCAUUUAUUGUUUAAUGUAAUGUUAAUAUGUUAUUGAUCA